AAACUACUCUACAUUCUGAAAAAAUAUAUAAUAAUAAUAAUAAACCCAUCAUAAACAAAUACAUAUUCCCAGCUCUUUAGCAGACAUGUCAUGGGAAGGAAAACUUUUACAAUAUGAACUUAGGUUUACUUCUACUGCAGCAACACUAGGGGGGACUACACAGCCGUAAAUUGGCAGCUGGCUAUAGCAAACUGUAAUUUCUCAGAUAGUACGGUUGCCCACACACUGCUUCCCUGCUUGAGACAGGGAAAUAAAUAAAUAAAUGAAUAAAUAGGAAAGUCUACAUAAGGUUGGCCAGCCCUGCGUGUUUAUGAAUGGAUCAGGGCGCAUAAAAAUAUGUCACUACUAUUAGAACACCCCUCUGCCAGAAGUGCGCACUGAGCUGUGUCUCUAUCGCUCUAACUGCAUGUGAAUGCCAGGCACAGCUAUGAUUUUCAGUCCUGAGCCCUCCCUCAGAAGAGGAAGAACGGAAAGUUGGCACUUGGAAGAGACCUCUCUGCGUAAAAAGGAGCGACCCUGGCUUGUGUAUUGCGCAGAAUCUCUGCUCGCUUAAUUUACAGAAGAGGGGCGCAUCUCCAGCUCACAGGAUGCGCUGAACGGUGCUGCAUGGUUUUGGGCACGGAGGACGAAAAGUUGCGCAAAAAGCCCAACCCUGCGUCCGGGGAACCCCAUUGUUUUGCAAUUAGGCGAGUGGCACGAUGUCGGCUCUACGGAGGAAAUUUGGCGAGGACUAUCAGGUUGUGAACACCAGCAGCAGCAGGACUUUUUCUGCGCCGGUGAAGAGGAAGCGGCAGCGCUUCGUGGAGAAGAACGGCCGCUGCAACGUCCAGCACGGUAACCUUGGCGGGGAGACCAGCAGGUACCUGUCCGACCUCUUCACCACGCUGGUGGACCUCAAGUGGAGGUGGAACCUGCUCAUCUUCAUCCUCACCUACACGGUGGCGUGGCUGGUCAUGGCUUCCAUGUGGUGGGUGAUCGCCUACAUCCGCGGGGACCUGAGCAACGGCGGCCACGACCCGUCCUACACGCCGUGCGUCGCCAACGUGUACAACUUUCCCUCCGCGUUCCUGUUCUUCAUCGAGACCGAGGCGACCAUCGGCUACGGCUCCCGCUACAUCACCGAGAAGUGUCCGGAGGGCAUCAUCCUGUUCCUCUUCCAGUCCCUGCUGGGCUCCAUCGUGGACGCCUUCCUCAUCGGCUGCAUGUUCAUCAAGAUGUCGCAGCCGAAGAAGCGCGCGGAGACGCUCAUGUUCAGCCAGGACGCGGUCAUUUCGCAGCGGGACGGAAAGUUGUGCCUCAUGUUCCGAGUGGGGAACCUGCGGAACAGCCACAUGGUGUCUGCGCAAAUCAGGUGCAAGCUCAUCAAGUCUAGACAGACCCCAGAGGGAGAGUUCCUGCCCCUGGACCAGUGCGAGCUGGACGUGGGUUUUGGCACGGGGGCGGAUCAGCUUUUCUUGGUGUCACCUCUCACCAUCUGCCACGAGAUCAACACCAACAGCCCGUUCUUUGAUCUCUCCCAGCGCUCGCUCAUGAACGAGCAGUUUGAGAUCGUCGUUAUUCUAGAGGGCAUCGUGGAAACCACAGGUAUGACAUGUCAGGCAAGGACAUCCUACACCGAGGAUGAAGUCCUGUGGGGCCAUCGCUUUCUCCCUGUCAUGUCUCUAGAAGAAGGAUUCUUCAGAGUGGACUACUCCCAGUUCCACAACACCUUCGAGGUCCCCACGCCUCCCUACAGUGUCAAAGAGCAGGAGGAGAAAUCCCCUCUGACGUCACCAAACCCUGUACCCAUUGCUCCCACACUUUCCUCCCCCCUGCUGGGUAACAGACCAGGCCGCCGGGAGAGGCUCCUGUCGGCCGACCACGCGGAGCACCCGGAGGACCAGGCCUCCAGGCUGCCCAGCAAACUCCAGCGGAUGAGCUCCACCAAGGAGGAGCACCUAUGGAGGGCGCUGAAGACGGGGACGGCCUUGCCCGGGGGUAAAGCCUGCAGCACAGGAGACCUUUCGCUCAGCAUCCAGCGGCUUAGGUCCAGCUCCAUCCCGGCUGUGAGGCAAGGGCAGGCUGAGGAGCAAGUCAAGCUCCUGUCCCUGGAUCUUGACGCGGAGGAAGGCGAUCUGCUGAAACACAGACAGCCAGCAGCAAUUAGCACCGUUGCGGCCGCAACACCAGCGCCGGUCCCCUUCCCCUCGGCGGGGAGUCGGCCAGAGAACAGUCUACCCGCAAAGCUGCGCAGAAUGAACGCUGACCGCUGAUAAAAACUGUAACAACUCAAACAGGCUUGAAGGGCAUUGCAAAGAAACAAAGACUACUGUGACCUAGGUUUUCUCCGCCCCCCCCCUCCCUGCAGCUUUUGUUCUUUACCGUUAAAUGCAAUCUCUUUACUAAGCUGUUGAUUGCCACAAAUAGGACGAUGCCAAUAAGCCAUCCAUCCGCUCAAACUGUGAGUCAGUUUUGAUAGAUCACCAUCUGUGCCCCCCCACAGACUUCUAACACUUAUCUCUGUGUGCUUGUUUUUUUUUUUUUUUUUCUACACAGUUACACCACAUGCUCUAUUAUCUUCACGAACUGCUGUACUUUUUUCUAAGUAAAUAAGCAGAACUGAGCAUUUGCUAAACCUACUCCCGAACCGCUGAUUGACCAGGCACAAUUUAGCAAACGAAAAAUGACAAAAGAGGGGAAUGAGCAAUUAACAUUUUAAUUAACAGUGAGUUGGUAACGUAUUUAUUUGCAGUCUUGUUUUUAUACUGACAUUUUUUUUGUUUUUCUGUAUUCAACCUUUAGAGUUAGCCUAACUCAGGAUUAUAUAAGUAGCCAUUACUGGUUGUACUCAUAAUCAUUUAUGAGCUACACCUUCAGAGACAACCAGUAGUUACCAGAACUUUAUUGUUGAAUUGUUAGUUCAAUCGCAAACUAUGAAACGGACUUAAUGCGCUUGAUCAACUUGGUCUUUUCUACUCAGUGGCCUGUAUAAAGGGCUAACAUUUGUGCUCCAAGUCCAAUUCUAAAUUUAUGUUUCCUAGUGUUACCUUAGAAAAUCUUGCUUUACUGCCCUAAUGCAGAAAAUCAGUUUAGCUACUGCUUAAAUCAAUGCAUGUGCCUCUUAUCUCUUAUCUUUGCAGCAGGAAAUUCCAAUCAUUCAGGAUAAAAAAAAAAAUAAAUAAACAUAGAAAUGCUAAUUAUGCUUACCCUAGCAUAAUUAAUUGGCUAACAUAAAACCUGUUGUCAUGGCUCGCCAUUUCCUUUGACACAUUUGUGUCACUUUGCAACUUUUUUUUUAUAUCUUCCCACACUGUGAAAAUUACACCCUGAGUGGUUAGCGUAAAAGCAGCACCGUGUAACUUUUAGCCACUCAGGGGUCUGGAGGCCACUAGCAACACUGCACUGUCACAAAAUUAAACAGUCUCCUCUGUUUUUUGGAAUCAGAUAGCAGACCACUUUGGACCAGCGGAAUGAAGGACAUGGAGUUACUUGUAAAGAAAAGGCCACGUUCACCCCAGAGAACCACAAAUAUUUCUGAUCAAUUCAGCAACAGAGCCGACCCUCUUAAAUUACAAGUUUUUGAGAAGUGCAUCCUGAACGAAGCAUCGAUAUAACCCAAGUGCUGUAUAUUGACCUGAAAAAUAAUUGUACAUCUAUCAAAUUAAACUGAUACUUGAGUCAAGACUAACACAGUGUUGCUUUAAGAUACGUUGGAGAGCAGUACGCCAUCCCUUUACAGCCCAUGACAGGCCCCAAAACUCACAACUAAUAAAUGUACACUGUGACUCUAAUGUACAAUUAAAUUAGAUGUAAUGAAACUACUGAGAACACAAGUCAUAAAUAAUUUAUGCAGAAAAUAAGAAAUCAGCUAUAAUCAAACAGCAUUUUUUGUUAUAUAAAAGAGUUCAGCUUGCAAAUCUGCUGCUAUCAUUGCUGUAAAGUGCACAUGCACAGCAUAGACUGGUGCUAGGUUGAGGGAGUUAUGAUAUAUUGUUACGUUGUUUUCUAAAUCGGACUAUUUUACACCUCCAUCUACAGAAAAGAGCAAAACAAUACAGCGAUGAAAGAACAAGUCUGGGCACUUUGAUCAUUUACUUAUUGUGUUAAUACACAAAUAUGGUAACGACUGCACUUUUAUUUAUGGUGUGUAUCAUUUAUACUCAAAACUUAGAUCUUCUGAGUUUAAGGUUGGAAAAAUCAGCUGGAACGGCCAAUGAAUUGGGAAUUGGAGUCCCAAAAUGAAAAUGGUUGCCAUACACAAAAAAUUUAGUGAAGAAUAAAUGGUUUCAUUUCUGUUGGUUGUAUCUCAUUAAUCCUGUGGCAUUAAUAGGAAUGUACAACCUCUAUUAGUGAACAUGUUCCUUUAGAGUUUGAAUGCACAGGCUGUGAACACAGCAUUAUAGGCAUGUUUGUGACCUUGCUUUUUUUAAAAUGACGACUUUCAUGUUUUGAAGUCAUGUAGCCCUUGUAAGAUGCCAUUAAAUGCUUUGUUUUGUGAUGUGUUUAAAAUAGAGCUGAAAGCUUAACUACUUUAAUGGUAUUGACUUUUUAAAGUGUAAAUUGAACGCUGUUCUUAUCAAUAAAUUUUGGCUUAGAUCCUUUUAAA